AAGUUCAGGGGUUAUAUGUGUUGUCUUUGUGUAAAGGAGUGGAGCUCGAUCUCACAUCACUCUUCCCUCUUCCCCGAGUCCUUUCUAAACUCCCCCGGGUUUCUACCCUCCCGAACCUCUCCCCUUCUACCCUUACAACCCCAACCCUCCCCCCGGUCAGAUACCAGCACACGAAUCAGGUUCAUUAAGAAGAAAUUUGUCUAAUGGAAAACCAGAUCCAUCUUGGUGACCAAAUACCCCAGUUCUGUACUGACGCCCAGGUUGCAGUUAUGGACUCCGGUGUGAUUGAAGGAGGGCUCAAUGUCACCCUUACCAUUAGGUUGCUAAUGCAUGGCAAGGAAGUUGGAAGUAUUAUUGGAAAGAAAGGUGAAUCUGUGAAGAAGAUGAGAGAAGAGAGCGGGGCUCGCAUCAACAUCUCUGAGGGCAAUUGUCCUGAGAGGAUCAUUACUUUGGCAGGUCCAACCACCGCCAUCUUUAAAGCAUUUUCCAUGAUCAUUGAAAAGCUGGAAGAGGACAUAAGCAGCUCAAUGACAAACAGCACAGCUACCAGCAAGCCCCCAGUGACCCUACGCAUUGUGGUGCCUGCCAGCCAGUGUGGCUCCCUCAUCGGGAAAGGUGGCUGCAAGAUCAAGGAAAUUCGAGAGUCAACUGGUGCUCAGGUACAAGUGGCAGGAGACAUGCUCCCCAACUCCACAGAGCGAGCCAUCACCAUCGCUGGUACUCCCCAGUCGAUAAUUGAGUGUGUGAAGCAGAUCUGUGUGGUCAUGCUUGAGUCUCCCCCUAAGGGGGUCACUAUCCCCUACCGACCUAAGCCUUCAGGAUCCCCCGUCAUCUUUGCAGGUGGACAGGCGUAUGCCGUACAAGGACAGCAUGCAAUUCCACAGCCAGAUUCUUCCUCUGCUGCUAUCUCUCCACAGCUCACCAAGCUUCACCAGCUGGCUAUGCAGCAGAGCCCCUUCCCCAUCGCACCAAGCAACCAGGGAUUCACUGGGAUAGAUGCCUCUGCUCAAACCAGUUCCCAUGAGAUGACCAUUCCAAAUGACCUUAUUGGGUGCAUCAUCGGCCGCCAGGGAGCCAAGAUCAAUGAGAUCAGGCAAAUGUCGGGCGCCCAGAUCAAGAUUGCGAAUCCAGUGGAUGGAUCGACUGACCGCCAGGUCACCAUCACAGGCUCACCCGCCAGCAUCAGUCUGGCAGAGUACCUCAUCAACGCCAGGCUCUCCUCUGAGGCCACAGGACUGGCAGCCAACUGAUAAGACACUGCAUCUGCACUAAAUUACACUUUUAUAUCAUCGGUCACCAUAAAGCAGUCAAUGCAACUAUCCAACUUAAGAGUUUAUAUAUUAUGCUGCCUUUUCCUCAUUUGAAAUCAUGUCAACUGCCACUGAUUUGAUCCUCUGAGUUCUUUAUUUAUUUCAUUUGUUUUGGUUUUAGUCAAAAGAAGCAAACAUUAGGUUUUUAAUUCCCUUUUUUAAGUCCAGUUGGAUGUUUUAAUGAUUUAUUAGACUUUUUUUUUUUUCUUUUCUUUUUUAAAUGGAUCCCUUAGCUCUUUUCCCUUUUUCUUUCUUUGCCAUCACAGAGGAGUAGAGUUGGAAAAUCUGAAUAGGCAUAUAGAUUUAGUUGUGUACAGUCAGGUUUUUCUUUAAAAUGGAAAAGACAAAGGAAAAAUAAAGUAUCAAAUAAGAAUAGAGUGACUGUUUUACUCAGUGUUUAUAUAUACACGCUCCCUCCCCCCCUUUUUUUAUUUUUAUUAUUUUUUACCCAAUUCAGCAAAGUACGUCUGCCUAUUUUAUGUCCAUACUCACUUGGUUUAAAUAUGCUCAGCAUUCUCCCCCCUUGGGAAUGCUUUCAAUUUGAAGUGCAUGUAACAUGGAUUACACUCGUCUCACUGAGAAUACGUAGCUGUACAAUGCACUGUCACUGAUGAUAUUUGGUUAUAAAUACAACUGUUUUGACAAUUGAAUUCAUCCAGAUAAUUUAAUGUGUAUUACUACACGCCACUUUUCCUAUCCCCUACAUGUCAUUCCUGUUUUCCCCGCCCCUAGUCCGGAGAUCUUGUGUUGAUAUUUUUCUGGGAUGGGAGGUUUUUGGGGGAUUUGGGCUUGGCUGUAGGGAUUGGAAGCAGAGGGUUGUCCUCGCUUUUUUUGUAAAGACUGAUAUAUACAAAAAAAAAUGUUGGAAUAUUUGUUUUAAAUGGAGGAAAUAUUUUUUUUUAAACUACCAAAGGGGUAUUAACUCCUGGACACUGACUGACUGACCUGUCUAUUAGAUGUGAUGAGGCUGAAAUCAUUGAAGCUCUGGAACUAGACUUAAAAAAAGGGUUGUAACACUAGUUUCCUGCUCUUUGCUUUGCUCAAGUCAGAAAAUUAUUUUAUUUUUUAUUUGCAGGAAAGAAAAACUUUUGUGCACGUUUUUUUGAGACUGUAGACCUGGGUGCCACAACAUUGUAUAAAAAAAAUACAGAAAUAAAGAUGUGAAAUGCUCAAACCACAA